AUGGGUUAUCCCACCGGAGAGAGGGAAUGCUGGGGACUCGAUGAUUUGGCAGGGGAGCAUGAGAGACAUGGGGGCAGAAGCAGUAGCCACCAAGUCAUGAUGGAGGAAGGUGGUGGCUAUGGCAACAGCUUCGAGAGCGAACGGCAGCAAAAGCUGUGUGUCAGGGGCCACUGGAGGCCGGCUGAGGACGCGAAGCUCAAGGAGCUCGUCUCUCUAUAUGGCCCUCAAAACUGGAACAUGAUCGCCGAGAAGCUAGUGGGAAGAUCAGGGAAGAGCUGCCGGCUGAGAUGGUUCAACCAGUUGGAUCCAAGGAUCAACAGGAAGGCAUUCAGCGAGGAAGAAGAAGACAGGCUUCUGGCUGCGCACAGGGUUUACGGCAACAGAUGGGCACUGAUCGCCAGGCUCUUCCCUGGCCGGACAGACAAUGCAGUCAAGAACCAUUGGCAUGUGAUCAUGGCCAGGAAACAGAGGGAGAAGCAGUCCAGUACUUACAGGAGGCGGAAGCGUCCCUCCCUCCGCUAUCCCCCAUCUCAGCCCCUCCCGAGGUGGGAGGAGGUCACCACCACCUGCAACAAUGCAUGCAGUGGUGAGUCGACCACCACCAGAGAGGAGACUGCUUCCACUUGCACCGACCUCUACCUCGGCUCCGUCACCGUGCCCAAUGGGUUCCGUAUUGGAGCUCCCACGAUGCAGGUUCGUGGGUUUGAUCUCUCUGUCUGCACCGGUACAACUUUUGAGGUCACAGCAAACGAACCGGCGGCCUACCACAUGACCAAUGCUUUGCCUUCCGGUGAGACAACCUAUGAGAAAGAGAAGAUUAGCUUACCCUUCUUUGAUUUCCUGGGUGUUGGAGCAUAGGGGCUCUCCACGCGAUAUGCACAGGAAAUCUGUGAAGGCUGGUGGUACAGGACCAAGAGAGGAGACCUGCAAAACGAAGAGAGGAGGGUGAAGGUGAAGUUGUAUCCAUAGUAGGCCAGACUUCUCAAGGUUGUCAGUCAACAAGUUCAAAAAACAUUUUAACAUGCGAAUUAAACCAGAUGAUAUGAUGCAUCAUCUGAUCUGUACCAAGAUUUCAAGGAAGGCAAUCAAAAUCAAAGAAAUGAAAAAUUCUUCCAA